AUGGUUAAUAAUUCGGAUCGAGAAAUACUUUUUGAUUUUACAACUGUAAACAAUGUGGAUGACUGGAUGGAAAUAUCUGACACUGUCAGAACAGUAGGAAUGUCAAAAGCUGUUUUAGCAUUGCAAACUACUCAAGUUUUUCAACGUGCUAUAUUUUUUACUCUUUUAAAUCCACAACCGAAUGGAGCUGGUUUUGCAGGAAUUCGAAAAAGAGCAAAUUUAAAUUUAUUGAACUUUAAGAAUAUUGAAAUCACUUGUAGAGGACAAGGUAGCAAUGACCAUUACAAAAUUGUUUUUCGACAUAAAGGUCUUGAGACAAACGAAGAUAUAACAUAUGAGCAAAUAUUCUUGGCACCAAUGUCAAAUACUACAUUUUCAACUGUAACAUUACCGUUGGCAAAGUUCAAACCGUAUUAUCGCGGACGAGAGAUACCUGAUGCAGGACCAUUGGAUACUGCAAAUAUUACAAUGCUUGGUUUACAAGUUUACGGUGGAGUUUAUUCACCAAUCAAACAAAAAGGUGUAUCAGUGUUGGAAAUAAUAAGCAUUUCUGUGUCAUAA